AUGAGUCAAAAUCCAUCUCCAUCCAACGUUUAUAAUCCUCUUUCAACAUCUCAACCAUCAAUACGUCCAAUGUAUCAUUCGCCAUCAUCUGCUUAUCGUCCUCAAGUAUCACAACAAUCAUCUCAAUUUAUUUUAUCAACAACUAAUCAAACUGCUCACCCACCUUUACCUUCUCGUCCACCUCCUUCAACAUUAUCAUCUACUUAUCCCUAUCCACAAUAUAAU